GGGGGAAGCGCGUCCGGUGGCGGGGCCGGCGGAGCUGCGGGACGGGCCGGGCCCGGCACCUCGUCCCGUCGGACUUCCAGUUUCCACUUCAAAUAUUGAUGGUCUUGAAAGUGCAUUUGGAUUCAAGACCUUUUUCCAUCACAGAACAAAUCAAGAGCCUCCUCUCCUAUCUCAGAGCAAUACAGACAACUUAAUAUCGUAUGACCUCGUUUCUCCAAAUUAAAUGAAAAAAGAAUUUUCACUAGCUUUCCAUGAAGCUCAGCUACUGCCUGUUAAUUUUGACUGUUAGUGCUGAUUUUUCAGUUGGAUUGACAGUGGAAAAUGUAGCUUUUAACAGGACAGUUGCUUUUGGGUCUUUCAAUGCAUCACUUCCUGCAGUGUCUCAAGCUUUAAUAAGUUCUCCAGCACACCAUGAUAUCAUAGCCAAAGAGGGGACCAGUAUUUUAAUUGAAUGUAAACUGAACAUCAGCCAGUAUGAACAUAUCCUUUGGUAUAACUCCAGGGGACACCUGCUUGAACAGCAAGAUGGUGACCGGUGGAGGAUUGCUGAUAAUUCCCUUAACAUCACAAAGGUCAGCUUUGCUGACCGGGGCCGAUACACGUGUGCAGGCAUUAACCAUCAGGAGACCUUGUAUUACACAGUCACUCUGAGGGUUAUCUUCACCUCAGGAGACAUGAGUAUCUACUACAUGAUUGUGUGCCUCGUUGCCUUUGCCAUCACCCUCAUUUUGAACAUAACCCGUCUGUGCAUGAUGAGCAGCCACCUCCGCAAGACAGAGAAGGCGAUCAAUGAGUUCUUCAGGACAGAAGGGGCUGAGAAGCUUCAGAAGGCUUUUGAAAUAGCCAAGCGUAUCCCUAUCAUUACAUCUGCCAAAACACUGGAGCUGGCCAAAGUCACUCAGUUUAAGACCAUGGAGUUUGCUCGGUACAUCGAAGAGCUUGCCAGAAGCAUUCCCCUCCCACCUCUGAUCCUUAACUGCAGGGCGUUCAUGGAGGAGAUCUUCGAGGCUGUGCGAGUCGACGAUCCCGAUGAAGUCGGCAAGGAGGACAAGGAGUCCCAAGGCUGCGGUGCCCAGGCUGCGAUAUUCCCCAUCAACCCGGAGAUGAAGCGCAGCGAUUCCCCAGCCGGGGAUUCCGACGACGGUUCCAUGAGCGAGCAGGGCCAGGAGAUCGCCGUGCAGGUGUCCAUCCACCCGCAGUCCGAGGUGCAGAGCAUCGACACUGUUUCCCACGACAGCUGCCAGUUUGCGCCUUCUGAGGAAGGCACCUGCUGAGUCCAGCAAUCCAAGGGGGUGAAGGAAGCUGGGGUGACCCAAGGAUACUGUGAGAAAGGGGUCUGCAAACAAGCUGCCUCAGUCCCACGUGCACAACAGUUUUCCAAAUUGCAAGAUGCCAGAAAUCUGUAUUUCCUUUCAGUGUUGAUCUAACGAGUUCAGUCUGUUAGAAGAGGCCACUUGGAACGUUGUGCGGGGGCUUUUCUUUUUAAAGCAGGCUUGUUAUACUUAAAACAGUUCCUGCAAAACAGGAGUUCUUUGUCCUUGGCUCCUUGGUAGCUUCUGAUACUUCUGAUCUGUGUUAGAACUGGCCAAGCUGAGCAGUACAACUUGCAAUAAGGUCUUUUCCUUUGUGAAUUCUUUCUUUCUUCACAAAGUUGAGCCGAAAUUCCUUUGAGUCAGUGUUGUCCCGGUGAUUCAAGUUGUGUGCUCUUUUUGAGUUGCCUCUUGGUGCGUGCAGCCCAUCACAACCAUGGUGAGCUUGAACAAAUCUGUUUUGUGUCCCGUGCUUCUAUGUUGCUAUCAAAAUGUACUGUACUUAGGAAAAGUACCAGGGUCUGCUGCUGGAUUAAACAAAUUGCUGUAGUUUCAAAGCAGCUUAGAGAACAACGAGGGGGUCUCAGUUUUCCAUGCAUCUGCAGGAAACUUGUACAUACUCUAGAAGCUUGUUGCUUAAACUUGGUGCUGAUGCCAAAGCGCCUUACCCUGGUUCUGUCCCACAGAAUGGAGCAGUAACAGCACUGCCAGCACUGCCUGGCUUUUGACUUUGCUGAUUUCACUCACUACAGAAAAAUCCAAAGUUUUAUAUUGUAUUUGACAUUGUUGUGAGAAAUGAAUGACAGUAAUCACAUAGUGGCAUAACUAAUAAAUAAGUUCAUCUAUAGACAGGUGUCUCAGGCACUUCUUUCUGAGCAUUUUAAAUUCUGAGCAUUAUCAUAAAGCAGGUAAAAAGUAGUGACACUUGCUCUGCUCUGGCUAGUACCGUCAGAAGACAGUGGCAGAGAGAGGGGGUGGUGGAGGGACUGGCUGAGCUGUUUGCCAGCCCGUGUUUACAGGUGUGGAGUUUACAGGGUGUAGCCCAGCCUUAUCCACUGAAGAGGGUGGCGGAAGGGAGAGGUGCCGGUGCUGACAUACGUACACACACAAGUACUUCACCGAGGAUCUCCCACGUGGCUUCUUCAGCUGUAGAGAUCCAGCCUCCAGGAAUCAGAGUGCACACAAGAAUCUAGUUUCUUCUUUCACUCUUUGGUGCUGUUUUUUUUUCCUCCUUAACAUUUGUAAGUUGCAUCACUUAAAUAGCAUUUUCUAUCCUGUUGAGAUUUAGUAGAUGUAAAGCUUGUAAGCACUCCACAAAUUAAUUUCUUACAACUACUGGAAGCGUAUUGCCAUAUAAUUUUAACAACUUGGCAACAGGAGCACCAUUUAAUUUCCCACAACUCUUUUUUCUUUCCUUAUUAUUACAGAAAUGUCAGUUGAACAAGUGAUUCUGGACGGCUGCUCAGGAUUCUUGAGAGGAUUUGACAUUAGAUUUACAAGAGUAGAGGUAGAAAACAAGCAGGCAGAGUGGUAAUAGCAGGGUGGGGCCAUCUAUGGUUAUUCACGCUCUGAACGAAUUAUAGUUAUCAUAUCAUAUCAGAGAGGGGGAAAUGACAGCAUCUGUUACCAUUUUAAACUACCUUCUGGGGAAAGUCCUGCAGUCAGCCACCAGUAAAUGCACCCUAGUUGCCUUCGGCCUGUCGGGUAAGAGUGGUGUUUGUCAGGAAGGAAGGAAAUUGGUAGCCUUGGUUAUAGUAGCAUUCCCACCAGCUUGGUGCCAUUUCCCAGAUUGUAGCAAACUUUAGCUGCUUCAGGGGAAUAAAGCCUUCUGUAGACACUUAGAGUAGCUACUGCCCUCAACAGUAACUUCUUUUUUGCUUCCAUAGUUCGAUGGCACUUUAUGUCCAGGUGAAAAGUUUGUAUAGUUUUGUGUAACCUGUCUGGUUUCUUUAAGUUCUUCGAGGUGAUCAGUGUUAAAAAAUACUCUGUGGAUAAAUACCUAGUUCUCUCAGAAGCCCUGCUAAGAUGCCACUGGCUUGACUUCUGUACUACAACGAGUUCUGCAGGUUUGUUGCAGGUUUGUUUGUGGGUGGAGAUUUGGGGGUUUGCACCCUCUCGGAUGUCCUACUCAAAAGACGUGAAGGCUACAAGAGAAUGACUUGUUUCAGUCUCCUUUGUGCCACAGGCCGUCAGAAUUGUACCUGCACCUGCCUUAUUUCCCAUAAGCAGCUCUCCUUGCUUCUGUGAAACUGUUGCAUGAUACGCAGCAGUGGCACGUUGCAUAUUUAGCCCCAAACUACACACACACGAUGAGAGAUGCCACUACAAAAUCUGGGGUCCAUUUAACUGCUUCCUAAGAAGCAGUUAUGACUGACAGAUGUCUCAUCAGAAGUGGCAGCCGAAUGACACUGGAGGUGUGUCAGAUGGGUGUCAGGAGAGCAGUUUCUAGAUUAAUUUGAUCCGUUCUUUGAUUUUUGUACUUUACAUACCUUCAAGUUCUUACUAAGCACAGUUGCCUGGUGUCUUUGUGUGUCCUGUUGCUGUUGGAGAGGAAUAAAGGUGCAUAAAGGUCCUCAGAAAUGCAGUUGCAGUGUCAAUUGCUGGAUAGCAAAGCAAAGAGUUUUCCUCAGUUAUUACAGUAUUUUGUUCAUUAAAUUAAUUUCAUUCCUGGAAAAGAGGUUUUGUAAGGAUUUCAGUAUAUCAGGAGUACUUACUGCAUGUAGGAACUGAUCCUACUCCCACUGAAUUCAAUUAGAGCAGAUUUGGAGCUCUGGUGUAUUUUACAGGAUUUUUAUGCAUCUCAAGCAAGGAUGAUGGUGAUGUUAUACAGUAAAAGUGAUUGCCAGAGAAUGAAAUUUGACGCUGGUUUCCAAAGAACUUGUGAACUAUUCUUGUUAUCCUGAGAGUAGAUAUGUGCACUUAAAUUUCUUUGAUGAAUCUAACUAACAUUAACGUUGAAAGUGUUUCUCUCUUAACUUUUUGUAGGAUGAGGAAAGUCUGCUGUGGUUUCUUUGCUUUAAACUAAAGUCUUUGACAAUCACAAGGCUAUUUUUUCUCUUCUUUGUGACUUACUUUUAUUUUAAAUAACAUCAAAUCUACUUGUUAUCUAAGAGUACCUAAAACUAACUGUGUAGUGAUUAUUUGUAUUACCUGGAUUGUAAUGUAACUGUUUAAUGUAACUACGUAGGCUUUCAUACUUUCAUAAAAUGAACUGGUAGAUUUUCAAAAUAAAUUAAAAAGAAAAACCUU